UCGCUGUCCCCCUUCCUUCCUUCUUCUAUUCCAUUUCCCUGUCUUUUAUAACACUAGGGCAGCGCACGGCAUUAUAUCUCUCCUCUCCUGUAGCCAUGGGAGACCCAGGAAACUAUAUCUCCUCUCCUGUCGUUAUGGGAGACCCAGCGUACUAGAGGACCACGCGAUCUGACUACUACAAUGAGCUUGAACAACACUGCAGCCACGAUGGCCACAGAGAAUGUGACCAGAGUCGGGCUGGGAUACGGAAUAGCAAUAGCAGUGGGAAUACUGGUCUUCGUCUCUGCCAUAAUGUUGGCAUCUUAUGUGUGCGUCAGAGUGCAGGGCGUAAGAGGCCACGCAAACAUGAACAGUAAUGGUGGCAGAGCAGGGACUAAUAAUAACAGUGCAGCAGUGAACAUUAUUAUUAACUGUAUUGAAGGAAGCACAGGACUGAAUCAGAGCACCAUAGAAUCGUAUCCCAAGCUGGUUUUCCACCAGCGACAGCAGCUGCCCCGCCCGCAGGACACGUGCUGUUCUAUUUGCUUGGGGGAGUACAAGUACAGGGAAGUUCUCCGUCUAUUGCCGGACUGUCGGCACUGCUUUCAUGCAGGCUGUGUGGAUGCGUGGCUCAGGAUGAAUCCGUCUUGUCCCGUUUGCAGAGCCGCUUCUUCGUUACCGUCUCCGUCAAUGACUCCUGUUCCCACACCGCUUUCUGAGUUUAUUCCUCUUGCAAGGUAUUCUGUUGGCGGACGUUGACGAAUGUGGGAUGAUUUUCUUUUUUUUUGGGGCUCAGAUCUCUGCAGUUUGCGUACAAACUGAAUUGUUUGACAGCUGCAAGUUUGUACACAAACUGGAUUUUAAGUUGGGUAGUUGUGAUCUUGCGAGUACAGAAUCUGUAGGAAAACCAGAUGUUUACAUUACAUUGCGUAUAUCUUUUGCUCUCAAGGAAAAAUAAACAAAUUCUUGGCUUUGUGUCGGUUGUUUUUCCCCAUUUUUGGGGAAAGAUGGAUGAUGCCUCGUUUGCUUCCUCUGCAACAGCUAUGGUGGAGGCAAUUUGUUUCUAUAAUGUUAAACAAAUGUACUUUGGAAAUGUGAAAAAUUCCAAACGAAAGAAUCUUUUAUAUGUUUUUGUUAGGAGAGGCAAUUUUUUAAAGGAACGCCAUUAAUUUUGGUCAAUAAAAAUGGACAUGUG